ACACUUUGGGUCAUUUUCCGUAUUCUAGCACCGUAUUCUCUUUACCCUGAAAACUGUCAUGGCGACUGUGUACAGGUCUCUUUUAGUAAGGCGUUUCUUCUCUGCCUACUCCAAGAGGGUCGAGGAGGAGCAGGUGCAUGCUGGACAAGUAAUGAAGUUGUGGAAAAGAAUUUCGUUGUUUGUUGCAAUACCAGCUGUGUCGUAUUUAACGUGGAAAUUAAUAAUAACUGAGGAAGGCCAUCAUGAACAGAGAGAGUACAUACCUUGGUCUCACAUGAGAAUUAGGAAUAAACCGUUUCCUUGGAAAGACAGCGACAAGACUUUAUUCCACAAUCCAUUGACAAAUCCUGGACCACCUGAAGAACCCAAAGACGAAGAACCUCCAGCGACACUUAGCACCAAGUGGAUCCAGUCCAAGUGGAUAGAGUAUUUGUACGAAGAUCCUGAAGAGCGAGACAAAGAGCUGGAGGAACAUUUGAUAGCGAUGCAACGAAAACACGAAUUGCAUCUUGAAUGGAAGAAACUGCCUCAUGAACCAAUGCAGCCGAUGAACCUGUUCAGAGAGAAGGCAGCCACUCCCGUUAGCAAAGAAGAAUUUGUGUAUAAUACAAUAUAACUCAUAGCAUUCCAUUAUUAUUAUUAUUAUUAUUAUUAUUAUUAUUAUUAUUAUUAUUAUUAGUUUUAGAACAAUUGAUGAUAAUUAUACAGUACAGUAUAUACAACUACAAUCAACAAAAUUACUAAAUUGGACAAUUUGUUUUGAUUCUUGAUACUUUCAACUUGU